GCUCGCCGCCGCCCGCCAUGGACGAGUCACCUCCGGGCGGCUCGUCCGAGCCCGAGGGGGGCGGCCCGAGGUCGCCCUCCGCGCCCCGGUGCGCUCGGCUGCGGGCCGUGGAGCCGGUGUUGCUGCUGGCCACGCUGGCGCUGGGCGUGCAGAACCCGCUCCUUACCCAGUACCUCUGGGCCCGCCUGGACAACGGCACCGCCGGAGGCGAAGGAGGCGGCGGCUGCGGCGGCAACGGGAGCGGCUCGGGGGCCCCCGCCGGGCAAGAGGAUCUGGAGGCCUCGGUUGCCCACUGGAACCUCUACAUCAACCUGGCCGGCUUUUUCGUGGGCCUCUUUUCAGUGACCUUGUUUGGGCCCUGGAGUGACCAUGCGGGCCGCCGUCCGGUCCUUAUCCUGCCAGCGGUGGGCAUGGCACUGCAGGCAGCCACCUACCUACUGGUUAUGUACCUCCAGUUGCCAGUUCCUUACCUCCUACUUGGCCGCAUCCUGAGCGGUUUGUCGGGUGAUUACAACCUGAUUUUGGCGGGGUGUUUUGCCUAUGUUGCUGACGUUAGUGACAGGCGAGCACGCACCUUCCGGGUAGCCAUCUUGGAGGCGUGCCUUGGCCUGGCAGGAAUGGCGGCCAGCAUCAUUGGGGGCCAGUGGCGCAAGGCUGAAGGGUACCUCGCGCCGUUCUGGCUGGUCUUUGCUGCCGGCCUCUGCGCUGCGCUCUAUGCAGCCUUCUGCCUCCAGGAGUCAGUGCUGCAGAGACAGCAGGGAAGACUCUUCACUCUCCGCCAUUACAUGGCCGUGUACCGCCUUUACACAGCCCCUAGCCGGGGCAGGACCUGGAAGAAGCUCGCCCUCUAUUCUCUUGCCUUCUUUCUGGUGAUCACUGUGCAUUUUGGAACUCGAGACAUCUUGAUCCUGUACGAGCUGAGCUCUCCGCUCUGUUGGGGCUCAGAUCUGAUUGGCUAUGGCUCGGCAGCCCACUACCUGACUUACCUCACCAGCUUAGCAGGGCUCUGGCUGCUCCAGAAGUGCAUGGAGGACACUUGGGUGGCAGAAUUGGGGCUGCUUUCCAACAUUCUGGGGCUUGGGGUGAUUGCCCUUGCAGCCACCACUCCCCUGAUGUUCACAGGUUAUGGGCUCCUCUUCCUUUCGAUUACUGCCACUCCUGUGAUCCGCUCCAAGCUGUCUAAAUUGGUUGACGAGACAGAACAGGGUGGAUUGAAAUCCAGGAUUCAAAACCUGAGUACAGCCACUUUGAAGAUUUGCCUAGCCCAAUCCAGGAAGCAGCAGACUGAUGGCUAUCAAUCCAGAAUUGGCCCCAACUUGCGUGUGUGUCUAUGUGGAUUUGAAAGUGCCGACAUGGUUUUGCCAAAUCUGACCGUGGUGGAGCCAGAACUGGGGGAAAGGCAGGCAUUUUAUGGCCCUGUCUUGCUGGGCAAGUGUGCAAAGGACCAGAAGGACUCGAGAUAAGGGCUGAGAAGUCACGCUUUCGAACAAUCUGCAGGGUAACAGCCAUUUCCUUUAAGGCACAUAGGUGGAAGUCUGGAGUAAGGGAGACCGCUUCUGCAAAGGUGAUCUCUAGUCAAAGGCACUGUCUGAAUUUCAGAUGAAAAAAGCUACAUGGAGCUGAGAAGGGGGAGCUUGGCCAUCAUACCUUGGCUUGUGUGGGCAAUCUGUGCCUUCCAAGCAGGAGUUUCCAAAGGGCAAGAGGAAGACCUCGCCCUAAUGAGUGGGAAACCAGAGGUAGAAAUUAGACACUAGUACUGGAAGAGGCACCUCUGCUGUCAGAUGCAUUUUUCAUGUGGACAGCCAAAGCCCUUCUCGGCCUGGAAUUUCAUAGGACAAGCUUUGAGGAUACCUGUAGGAUACAGUGAUGGGCCUUGUCCCCAGGAGAGGGAGUGGCGCAGGUUACUGGACAGGUAGGGCUGCAGAUAGGGAAAGUGCUCCAUCUGGAUGCCAGUUAACUGUCCAGGUGCUUGCUCAUUGCCCCAACUUGCAAUUCUCUAUUUGCUGGGAGACUCCCAUUCUCCUGCCAAAUGGCUCUUCUUCUCAGCCCGGACAAUGUAGCAUUCAAGUGGGGGUGGAGAGAUGUUUGCUGGGACUGGGCUCCUUAUUUGGGCCUCAACCAUGUGCUCCAUGUUCCCUUGAAUUAUGUGGUAGUUCACCUAAGACAACAGUAAGAGGCCCAGCUUCCACAGUGUGGGACCCUGCCAGAGCAGUCUGGGUGAACCAGCUGUGCGCCACUCCCUUUUGUCUGCUCCUGACAACUGAUGUAGGGCCAAGCUACAAGUGAGGAAUGACACUUGAACGGCAAGUGAACAGGCUCACGUGUAUUCCUCCC